AUGCGCGAGUCUCAGCUCGGCCCGCAGAGCUGCCGGAGUAAAGCUGAGAACGGCACGGGCGGACCCACAGCGCUUUCCCAGAGUGCAGGGAAGGUGAAGCUUGAGCUGCCGACCAGCUACAGAGCAAAGACAAUGAAUGUGUCCAACAACUGCAGCACCACAAAUCUAGAACUGCAUCCCCAUGUUCGCCUCAUUGAAUUUGCUCUGUAUAGCCUCAUUUUCUUUUUUGGGGCACUAUUUAAUGUCCUCGCCUUCUGGGUGUUCUCCUGCAAGAUGAAGAAGUGGACAGAAACCAGGGUGUAUGUAAUGAAUUUAGUCUUUGCAGAUUUCUCUGUCAUCUGCACCUUGCCUUCCAUGGUUUAUUUGCUCUGGAAUAAGUCAGCCCGAGGGGAGCUCUGCCAGUUUACAGAGACCAUGUAUUUUAUCAACAUGUUAGUGAGCAUCUACAUCAUUUCAUUCAUCUCCUUUGAUCGAUACAUUGCCAUAAAGCACCCUUUGAAAGCCAGGGCCUUCAGGUCCCCAUCAAAGGCUGCCCUCCUCUGUGGGCUCCUGUGGGUCUCGGUGAUAGUCAGUGCCACCAUCCAGCUCUGGCACAAACAAGCAGCUCUCUGCUUCCAGACCUACACCCCCACGCCUGCUGUUCUCAGUCUGCUGGCCAUUUUCUUCGUUUUCACUCUCCCAUUAGCAAUCUUGACCUUCUGCUCCACAGAAGUCAUCAGGAACCUCAAGAAACAUCUGAACACGAAUUUGCCGGAAGAGAAAUCAAUCCAGAAAGCUGUACACAUUAUUUAUGCAAAUCUGAUUGUAUUUCUGAUAUGUUUUCUGCCUGCCUACCUCGGGCUGCUUGCCAGGUUCAUCAUGGAGAGCGUUGGAGCUACCUGUUUCCAGCUCUGUGUCAUGAAGAACUUCUCCUCCCUGAUGAGGUGCAUUGCCACGUCCAACUGCUGCCUCGAUAGUGUCUGCUACUACUUUGUCACCAGGGAGUUCCAGGAAGCCUUUCUACAGCCCAAAGCCAGCACUCAACAACCAGAGGCAACCCAUCCCUUGCAGAUACAGACUUGCUAAAGGAAAAAGGGGAACAAACCCCAACAUCUGCAACAUAAAGAGGAAAUACAGCUUCAGGGCUAUUGGAAUAAGUAUUGCUAUUUUUCUCUAGCAAGUUCUUUGUUAGGUUUAGAAAUUUAUACUCUAUGUUUCCAUUAAAGAAAUAGGUCACAGUAAAAGUGUGUAUGUAAACGUGUGUAU